AACCGUUUGAGGUUGUGUCACGUGACUGUAAACAGGUGUCAUCCGUGUGACAUGUGUGUUGUGUAAAUUGUCAAUUUUAAAAGUUAAUUAUUUGGAAAAACUCAUUUUAACUUUUCCAGUAUAUAUUUUAUUGUAUUUUUUUAUGUGUUUAAAGUCAUUAAUUUACCGAGGAGAUAAGUGUUUUGGGCCCUUUUUAAGUAAUUUUUGUUUAUGGCUGGGGAUAUAAAUGAAUUGAUCCGUUUGUUUAAAACUCAACUAGAAGAAGACAGUGGAAGAUUGGCCGAGUUAAGAAAAAAUGAAGAAAAAGAAGAAAUCCAUCAGAUCAAAACUUGUGAUAAUGAACACCAACAGAACAAUAAUGUACCAUCACACGAGAACAAGGAGAACCUGCCAUUGAACCUCGACUCAUCACCCGUUAACCAAAACCUGCCGCUAAUCGAACGACUUGAUUUAAGUAGUAAUGAGGGCGCUUUAGAGGAGACUAAGCGAGCUUUUGUCGCUAUCAGCCCGAAUGCCAGCGGCGGCCGCAGGAUGUUGCGGUACGGCGAGUACAGCCCCAACAACCCCCAACUGAGGGUGACGGCUGCUCCCUAUCUCGGGCUCGGCGAGUAUGAGCAGAGGCGCAACUUGCUCCACCAAAGACGAAGGGCCGAUUAUCUCGAACAUUUAUCCAAGAGCGAACGUAAUUUUAAAAAUUGUCUUUUGACCGGAAACGUGGUGACGCGAGCCGUGCAAACCGACUUACAGAAUAUUCAUUGCCCUUUAGUGCAGUAUGAAACCUACUCACCGGGAAAAGAGCUAAAUUCGUACAUUUCGAGCUCUGUUAUGCAAAACAGUCGGAAUCUAUCACCGUACCGCGCCGACCAAAGAUUAACUUCUCAAAAUGCCUUAUUGAAGCCUGAAAUGGACAAGCCGAAGAGCAUUCUGUCGAAUAGGCGAACAGGCAGCCCUAGAGAGCGACUGCUGUCCGAUUUGAAACAUUCGUAUUCGCCCAGUUUUCUCGACGGGUUCAGUUAUCAGGACCGUGCGGAAGAACUGGAGCGGGAAAGAAUCAAGCGUGACAAUUAUCAAAGGGAGUUGAGACUGCAAAUCGAGGAGAAGAGGCACUUGCAAGCGAUGAGGGAGGAACAGGAACGGAGGGAGCAAGAGUUGGAGAAUAAGCGGCUCGAGCAGCAGCUGCUGCGGAUGCAGGAGGAGCAAGCGAUCGAAGAGCAACGCAGGUGUCGCAGGGAUGAGCAGAUGCGCCGGCACAGCGAGGACCUUUUGAGGAGGAAGCACGAGUUGCAGUCCCGCUUGCGUAAGCACACCGAGUCUGAAAGUAGCGUGUCAAGUCUUCGAAACACCAACGUUGCCUCAAAAACUCUAUCGCAUUACUCUCCACCCGUGUCUCGCCGCAACCCCUACUCCUUCAACAUACCAUCCACUUCUGUGUUCGCCGACAUGUCAAGUAGCAGCAGGUACAACCCGAACCGAUUCGAUUCGUAUUAUCGCAAAGACGCGUUGAACAGGAUGGACUCGCUAAAUACAUAUGACACUCAUCGUAGAUAUAAUGCUUUCAGUCGUUUUGACUCGUUGAGUAGAAUAGAUUCGUUAAAUCGCCAAGAUACGUUGAAUAGACUAGAGACGUUGAGUAUUCAAGAUAGAUUAAGUAAUGUACAACGGAGGCACAGUGCUACUCAGCAGGACCUCAGUUUGAUCCGGCGAAGCCCGAAGCUGCAAAGAAGGAGCAGCUCGAGCAGAUUCGAGGACACUCUUCCUAUACCAGUAUUGAAAGCGCACUCGCCCGUUGCCAAAGAACUAAAGAACUCGGUACCUUUUAAUUCCAGUAGGUCAGAUGCAGUUAGAAAAUUAGAAGAUAAGUGGCAGAUUCCUGCGGUGCAAAAAAAUAUCGUCAACCAUGGAGAUCCCUUACGGGACGGCCAAGGAAGAAGUAUAUUAACUCAGUUAGGUGCCAUCAGAAUGCAGCUUCAAAAAGAGCAAUUACGAAUGGAUGAAACCUUACGUAAACGCGGUAUUACACAAUCCAAGGCUGUUGAUUUUCAUUAAAAUUAAUACGUUUUACAUCGAGUUGAAAAUUGAAUCAUAGUUAUUUUAUAUAUUGUUAGAACUUGUCUUUAUAUUUAUAAUUGAAAUAGAGUAGACACGUUGACGAUGACUGAAAA